ACAGCACUGCAAACUUUGACCUUUGCAGACUUGUCUUGUUGCCCCUCUCUCGGCCUCAGUACGGGGAGGCAGAAUGGAGGAGGAAGAGACGGGAGCUCAGAGCAGAGGGAGGAGACGGGGAGGGAGAGGCACGGAGCCUCAGAAGAGGGCGCGUGACUUCAUUCUCGUCAGCGAGUUCUCGGAGCAUGUGGGCCCCGUUCCUGUGAUGGUGAAGCCGGAAGGGGGAGAUGGUUUGUUCAACACCAGUUCGUUCUCCGUUCGGAUCAUGUCCAGUGAUAUGCAGAGGGCACUAACUGGAGGUUGUUUUUCGUUCUGCGAAGACACCCAAAUGGUGCUAUCAGAGAGAAUGGAUGGCCUCUAUGCCUAUGUCCACUACUUCAGUCUGUAUGACAUCAAUGCCAGAGGUUACGUGAGGCAGUUUGCCAUCAGCUACAUCACUUCCAGCCUCAAGUUGGUCUUCCUCCCUUUCAUCCCACCUCACACACUCACACACACACACACACCCACACUCACCAAUUUCCCACCAUGCUCUCUUUCCAUCCUACCCACACUUCAGGAAGAUCACAGACAACUUCACUGAUCUACUGGAGAAAUUUUCAGAGGUGACAAAAAUGUUGUGUUGUGGCAAUCACAAGGUUUUUGGAAAAGACGUGGAACACCGCCUUGCCGACUUAGAGUUCACCAAAGAGUUGAUCAGUCAGGAGGGGUGGACUGCUGAGAACACAGAGUCUUCAUCUCUCUACAAAGAGUUUGACUUCAGCAAGGAGAAUGUUCCCGAACGUGACCCUUCCGUCGUGGAGAGUGGCAUGACAGAGAUGAAGACGAUCAUGGAAUCACUCACGAGAGAAAUGGAGAAGGAUUGUCACCAGCAGAUGCAGCUGCUACUGGAGAGCAAGAGACGGAGUUUCCAGAAGUUGAUGGCUCAGUAUUCACCGGCCCCUCCUACCAACACCAAUGGAAUCAGCGGUCAGACAACGGCUACCAUUUGUAUCUAUUUUCCUCCUUGUUCAUUACAUCAUCUAGUCUAACCUCUGUUCCUCUGUACUUUUUCAUAGGUGUCCCUUUCUCGUCUAUUUCAUUGGUCAUUACAUCAUAUUGUUUACUGUUAACCCUUUCCCCACUGCAGAUGCUGACUGUUCCUGUCCCAGACCUCUAGUGAACAAUCUCUCAAUGAAUCUCCUCGCUCUGAGUUGAGUCUCUCCAGUGAAUCAUCUCACUAUCAGCCUCAGAGAGCUAUGGCUCACUACGUCCAAAGAUUCGAGCGACGGUUGAGAGACCUCAAGGAACUCACGUCAAAGGCUUAUCUGGUUGCCAUGGAGAAAAUGGAUUUUGUUUACAAGCACUUCAGUAGAUCAGAGAGUGCCCUAGAGAUGGAGAAAGAAGAAACAGAGUUUCUCUACCCCCAUUCCUCCAUUCUCACCCUCGGACGAGUGGCAAUCAUGAACGUUCUCGCCAACGUGAUGAUGUCAUCACGACCUCAUCUCCACGAGAUGAAGCCAUACGUCCUGUGUUGCAAAGAAGUGGACCCUUGCAGACGUGUGGCUCUGCCCACUGAUCAACUUGACCUUUUGACCUCUCACGGGGGGUUCGACAAGACCUUUGCCGAAGAUUCCAAUGCUCUGAACAAAUGUCCGCUCUACUUGAAUCCAGCCGUAACGACGUGUGCCCCGCUACUACCAGACAAUCUCUCCACUCCUCUAGCUGCGUAUUACGAACUGGACCACAGCACUCUCUCCGGGGAACCUCGUCUGCUGCCGGUGAUAACAGGGGCGGAGGAGAGGGAAGGGGGAGGAGGGGGAUUAUCGCAGGUUCUGUCCAGUGGAGAGUACACUAGUGGAAACAGUCCCGGCUUCCAUACACCACAGGAAUUCACUCCGGGGAAUUCCCCUAGAUCCAGUACAGUAGAGGCGGAGUCGAGAUCGGACGGUGACCACACCCACCUGCUGACCUCGUCAAGCCCCGCCCAAAGCUCUCUGCUACUCAGCAGCAGUACCUCCCCGAACAGGACAAUAACCAGUUCCACUGUGGGACAACAACAAGAAAAACAGGUUUUGGGCCUGGUCGAUGAUCGGGAAACGGGACAGCGUCCAGUUGAACUCUCCUCGAUUCACGACUCACUGAUACUGGCUGGUAGGAUGGAGGGAGGGGCAACAACAGAGUUGAUAGAAAACGCAAGUUUCUCUCCGCUGGAAGAAACUGCCGCUGCUGGGUGUGGCCAACUGGAGUCGUUGUCAUCGUCAAGGCAACAGGAUUCAAUCACACCAACACAGAGCUUUCAGUCGGAGGUCAAGGUUCGGACCAAGACUCCGCCCCCUGUGACACUCCCUAUUGGAACACCAACUAUACAUCAUACAAAUUCUUUGGAUGUCUUCACAUCUCCUGCAAGAUCCCAGCAAUCUAUGGCGAGCAGUGUGGUCACCUCUCGUGAGAUGACCUUCUCUCCCUCCAGUCUUCUGCCUUCUCCUUACAAGGGAUUGAGAUGUCCUCAGAUUGUCUAUCUUCCCAGAGGGGCCCCCCUACCGUUCCUGCCCUCCCUGGACCAUGUGGAGGGUGAAUACAGGUUCAAGCCAGGCAGAGGGCUCGCCAAGUUCUGCAGAGACCACAUGUGCACCAGAGAUCUCCUCUACUGUCUGCUGCAGGGGAGAACCCUGGUCAUUAUUGGAGACCCCUCCCAGGAGAACCUGAUUCGUAGACUGGUGAGAGUUCUGUGGAUGUUUGUCCCCGGACACUCCAGUGCCCACCAGGUCAUACCGUGGAGAGAAAGACCGCUAUCUCCUGAAGAUAUCGCUAGGUAUAAGUUGGUUGGGUUGUGCCAGAACAGAACAGGAAAACCUCUAGCUCUCCCUCCCCACAUGAAGAAUUACGUCUCGUUCUGGGACUGCAGUCCAGGAGCUGCCAGAGUGUGGACCCCUCCCUACGAGGGGGAGCUUCUCAAACCAAUUCUAAGCAGAACUAGAGAUAAAAAGAAUGAAACAACUUUCCUGACACACAUACACAGUGUUCUAUCAGACCUGGCAAUGCAGCAUAUGUGUACUACCACAGUUACUGUCUUCACAACCCUAGAUAUUUGAGACACAUGUCUCCAGAGACGGCUCCGAUACGACACCACAAGGUCAACGCCACAAAGGAGGAGUCUCGGAAAACUAGAAAGCAGUUUCUUCAACAGCUGGGACUGAAAAGUAGUGAUGCCGACAUUAUUGAGUAUUUUGUCUCUGUGGUUGAGAAGCAACAGUUGGAAGAAUAUUCCGCCGACUCGAACUUUUCAAAUGCGGGAGAUCCGGUCAGAGUUCAACUGAAACACCAGUUGUGUCAGGAGAGCAUCUGCAAACCAAAGAUUCCUUACUGACCCUCCGACUGAUCACUAAACAACCGCUGCUGUGGAUUUUAACUCUUUUCUCACCCACUGUGUCUAACUCUUUCGUACAAAAUCUGUUUUGUUGUAAAAGUCAAUUCUUUGUUGUAAAGUGAGUUUUUGUAAUAAUAAUUUUUUUAAAAUGGAAACAGAAACACGUCAAAAAGACCUAAAAUGUUUUCUAGGUAGUCUUAGAGAGAAGAAUAGGGGUCUUAGUGAGGGGUCCUGCUGGGGGGCUCGAAUUCGAGGGGUCAUUGGUGGCAGGGGGGCGUCCUCUGAGGGGAACAUCCAUUCUGAGAGUGGGGGCAAAGGUACACACGGCCUCGCUCGUCAUUUCCAUGGUGAUGUUUAUCUUCUCUAGGUCCUGCCCCGCCCUCUUGAGGUGAGAGUUCACUUUCUCAAUAGUGGCUUGGUUUCUGCUGAGGUUGUCAUUGACGAUGGUAAGGUUACGACAGGUGGCGUGGUAGAUCCUCAGAACCCUCUCCACUAUGUUCUUCCUCAGACUAGUAUCACUCACGGAGCUUCUUGUGCAGCAACGAGGGCAGAGGGAAGGUUGUGCUGGAGUCUCCAGAGCUGCGUCUGCUGGAGCUGCGAGGAGUGCUUCUCUCGCUACCUGCCUUCUGCGGCCCCGAAAUGGCGGGAACUCGAAGAGUAGUUGCGCCGCUGCCGUCCGUCUGCUCGCUGAUGGAGCCACUCGCAGACGCUCGCGAGUCGUCUUCUUCGUCGGUCUCCGAACCUUCUCCGGCCACCACUCCAGGUACGGGUCUCCCGCCAGUGGAGGACGAGGUGAGUUGACGAAAAGUGGUCUCCAUGCUCGACGUCAUGUGCUCCGUGUUGAUCUCCUCGUCGCUCUCGCUGUCUUCUCCCUGCACGAACGCCAAGCUCUUUUUCUUCUCCAUUUUCUGCUACCCCGUUCAGAAAGGGUUAAAUACGUAU